ACAUACGGAAGAAAGAACCGCGAAAUCGGCCACGUCGUUGCUCGUUUGUCGCUCGGACAGCUCAUCUAUUCAAACCGACCUAAAUAAUUUCGCGUUAACAUAAUGGUCAUUUGCCACGAACGCGGAUACAGUGCCUGAUACAGUAAUUUGUCUUUUUGUUACCGUUUAAUUAGUCAGAGAUUUAAUUACAUCAUUUAAUUACUUAAUCAUAUCGAGCGGGACUAUUUUGCGCUGUGCGUCAAAGAAUAGCGAAGUGAUAAGUAAACAGUGAACGUCAAAAAAAGUGAUCAAUAAUUAUAUCGAAGUAAAAGCAUCGUCGUCUCGGUUGAAGAAGAAAUUAAAGGAGAACAAACCAACGAAGCACGGACGUCGUUAAUUAAUACAAUCUGCUGGAACAAGCGCGGUUAUUUAAUGCCACCGCAACCUAAUGAAACGUUAAUAAAAGACGGGGACUAGAUGGGACAUUGAGAGAAAUCGCUCCCGUUAAAGUGAUCGAAGCGCUGUAAAAGAAGGGAACAGAGAAAGGGAGACACAAAAAGAUCGAUUGGGUGUCACAUCAAUGUGACGCGUGAGAUGGCGAAGAGGUGCGAGAACGCGUCCCGCACGCAUGUUAAGGACUCUGUUUUCGAGCUGCGCACAAGGAUGGCCCGGAUGCUGUCCAUCGUCGAGAUUAUCCCGCAGGAGAAUAAUCCGAUGGCGCGCCAAGAUGGCAGAGAUGCCGCAGAUCAAAACUUCGACUACAUGUUCAAGUUGCUGAUAAUCGGCAACUCGUCCGUCGGAAAAACUUCCUUUCUCUUUCGCUAUGCGGACGACUCGUUCACCUCGGCUUUCGUGUCGACUGUAGGGAUCGACUUUAAAGUGAAAACCGUCUUCAGACACGACAAAAGAGUCAAGCUACAGAUCUGGGAUACAGCGGGACAGGAGAGAUACAGAACAAUUACGACGGCCUAUUACAGAGGCGCGAUGGGCUUUAUCCUAAUGUACGACAUCACAAACGAAGAGUCAUUCAAUUCGGUACAAGACUGGGUCACGCAAAUAAAGAACUACUCGUGGGACAACGCCCAAGUGAUUCUCGUGGGCAACAAGUGCGAUAUGGAGGAGGAGAGAGUGAUUAGUACCGAGAGGGGUAAACAAUUGGCGGAGCAAUUAGGAGUACGGUUUUUCGAGACAUCAGCUAAGGAGAACAUCAAUGUCAAGGCGGUGUUCGAACAGCUGGUGGAUAUAAUAUGCGACAAGAUGAGCGAAUCCCUGGACAACGAUCCGACCCUGAUGGCGGGUGGUGCCGGCCAGAAUAAGGGCCAGAGACUCACCGAUCAGCCGACAAAUCCAGCGAACACCAAUUGUAAUUGCUAAAAAGAAAUGCGGCGAUACGCUGAAAGAAGAAAAGAAGAGAUCGUAUACGUGUGUUUGCGCGCAUGUGUGCUGCACGUGUGUGUUGCGUAUGUUUAGAGAAAGAUAAAAAGAAAAGAGGAAAGAAAGAAAGAGAGAGAGUGAGAGAGAGAGAGAGAAAGAGAGAGAAGAAUAAAAAUGUCAUGUGCGACAUUGGCGUGUUAACUAGUCUACUUACUUCGUCGUUUCUCUCGUUGCGUUAUUUAUUUCAGAGAUCGUCUUUCGUUCUCACCUAUAUUUCCUUUCAUCCUUCGGUGCGAGAUGGUAUAUAUAAAUAAUACAUGCUAUUAUAAAAAAAAAAAGUAUAUAUAUAACGAUUGUGAUUAUCAAGGUGCGACCGAGCUGCUGUAAUACGAUCGGAUAGAAAGAAAAAACGGUCCUCCUUUCGGUUAAUCCGAAAAACUUGACAAAGCAGUCAAGAGUGUACUCGGCAUAAUUUUGAUGAAUUCAAAUCUCCAUGUUGUGCAAACACGCGACAAUUGUAGAUAAUAGCAGGAAAAAAUCCACACACACACACACACACAUACACAUCAAUCAUUUAUGUUUUUAAUAUCGGGAAUAAAAAAUGUGUGACACAUUUCUCUACAGUUUUUCGCGACAAAAAAAAAAAAAACAAACAAACAAACAAACGAGGGGACAAAAAUCUAGUCGCGCAUAUAUACGAAUAAGAAUAAAUAACUCUGCAACAGUUAAGAAUUUAUAAAAGUGUCCAAACGCCAUAUUUUGUAUAAUAAUGUUUGUUUUUAAAUCUAUAUUUCUACGAUCUCAAGUACAAAAUCUUGAAUUCUGACAUAAUAUGUACGUUAUUAAGAUAGUUACGCGCACACAUAAUCGAUAUAUGUAUUGUACCUCUAAUGUUUAUCAAUGUGUAACGUUUCAGCUAAUGACAGCACGCGUAUAAUACAAACAAAUAAAAACAAAAAUACUCUCUUUCUACGUGUUUCUGGAGAUCUGAACUCAAUGAAAUAAUGUCGGUUAAUUUCUAUUUAGAAAAAAAAGGAGAGGAACUAGCGAAAAUUGCAAGAAGACGGAGAUUAGAUUAAAUGCGUGUUGUUUCGAAGUUGAUCACAAUUAAUGACGAUGAAUCGUUAAUAGUAGGGACGAUGUUGCUCACUCGAUGUUUGGCACUGUAGAUUCGUCGCACGACCGAAGGGAGUGACUUCCAGAGUAUCUCAACGUCUCUAUCACACGUUAAGCACAACACGUGCCCCCGAUGAAAAAUCCGACAAUAAACGUCAAUAAUUUUAACAAAAACUACAAGAAAGUGCAGAAUAUAUCGAUUAAAUCAUAUUAAAACGUAUUAAAUCUCGCGAAGAUGUGCGCGAUGUUAAAAUGCAAUGUUGACACAUGGGUUGCGUUUAUAAUUUAUUGUCAGUACUUACAAAUUUGUACUUAAAUUUUUUUCUUCAACGAUUUUAUUAUUCAACAAUCGGAGAUACUUUUACGUCUCGCUGAGAAAUAAAGUGACAUUUGUUAGAUAUGCGUUAAUUGAUGUAAAAUACACAAGAUUUGUUGCAAAAAAAUUGCAUAUUUUAUGUAAUGUAAUUAAUUAAUAAUUAAUAUCUUAAUUAUACUUCGUCGAUCGAAACUUUUCAAAGAAGAUCACUGGGAGACAAAAAUGUUUUCGAUAAAAAAAAUCGUGAAGAAAUAAACAUUCGGUCGAGCUUCGAGGAGAGCGUCAAGAUGACACAACCGUGAGACGCGAGUCGCUAUGUUACGUAAUGUUAAAUAAAUUAAAUCGUUCGAUAUAAUUAUAUCGACUUUAAAUGACACAACACUCUGCACACGAUAACUAAAUUCGACUCAAAGUAGCGCGCAGAGAAAAACUGUGAGCAUCGAUCUGGCGUCAAUUAUCGAGGGGUAUCGGCGUCCCGGCGCGCUUAACAUUACUUCAGUUGUCAUCCGGCGUUAAAACUCUACCUAUACUAUAGACAAGCUGCCCUCUGUACAUAACUGAGAUAAUAAAAACAAGAUCUAUUAUGUAUCAUUGA